AUAAUGGCAAGGUGGAAGUUGGAAAAGAUAGGGGGUUAAAGAAACAAGACUCAACUACUCUCAACACAUAAGCGUUGAAUUCGUGUGCUCCCAUCGUUUGCUUGUUUCACAAAUCCCUUUUCACUAUGUGGUUUUCUUUCCAUACAUGUUGAUGCAAAUUCACGUUUAUAUGUUUAACACAAUUUUAAGCAAUCUACAACAAUGAUGCAAUCUGAGUCUCCCGUCAGUAGCCGCGGUGGCUCUGACGGAAGAUCCACUUUCAGCCGGAUGCUAGACCAUCCGGCUGAUCAUUCCAAUGACAGUUACGGAGUUGGAGGAGCAAUGCUCCCUAUAUUCCUCAACGAUCUACGUCGAAACAACAAUGAUCAAGAUUUAGUAGAAGUCACGUUAGAACUCGAAGAUGAUUCGGUCAUUUUAUGCAGUGUGACCCCGACCGCUAACCAUUCAAACCAUCAUCAUCAUCAACAUGUUCCUUCACAGUCGUCUCCAGCUGGGGCGGCCUCCAGGCUUCGUAGGAAGUUUUCGUGGCUGACGUCUUCUUCAUCGCGAGCUUCUUCUUCGGAUGCAAGUGUGGACCGGGUGAUCACGUCUAGAGAUGCUAGAAAAUUGAAAGCUAAACUGAUUCGCACGAAAUCUAGCGCGCAAAGAGCGCUAGGUGGUCUUCGGUUUAUAAGUAAAACUACAAACACCGAUGUUAACGAGUUGUGGAAAAACGUUGAGGCACGGUUUGCGUGUCUGGCUAAAGAUGAUGGAUUAUUAGCUCGAGAAGAUUUCGCUGAAUGCAUAGGAAUGGCGGAUUCGAAGGAGUUUGCGUUGGGCGUAUUCGAUGCGUUGGCGCGAAGAAGACAGCAGAAAUUGGGGAAGAUCACGAAAGCGGAGCUUCACGAUUUUUGGUUACAGAUUUCCGACCAGAGUUUUGACGCUCGUCUGCAGAUAUUCUUCGACAUGGCCGACAGCAACGAAGAUGGAAGAAUCACAAGGGAUGAGAUACAAGAGCUGCUAGUGCUUAGUGCUGCAGCAAACAGAUUGUCAAAGUUGAAAGAACAAGCAGAGGAAUACGCUUCUUUGAUUAUGGAAGAAUUAGACCCCGAAAAUCUUGGCUAUAUUGAGUUAUGGCAGUUGGAAACGCUUCUACUACAAAGGGAAGCUUACAUGAACUACAGUAGACCUCUGAGCAUAGCAAGCGGCGGGUGGAGUCAAAAUUUGAAUUCACUGAAACCUAAAAGCGUUGUUCAUAGGCUAACUCAUUUUGUAAAGUCGGGUUUGGUGGAAAACUGGCAAAGAAGUUGGAUUUUACUGCUAUGGUUUUUAACCAUGGCUUGUUUAUUUACAUGGAAAUUUAAGCAGUAUAGGAACAAGGCUGCUUUUCAUGUCAUGGGCUAUUGUUUGACCACUGCUAAAGGGGCUGCUGAAACCCUCAAACUCAAUAUGGCUCUUAUUCUUUUACCCGUUUGUAGAAACAUGUUAACGUUCCUAAGGUCUACCCGAGCGCGAUUGUUCAUCCCUUUUGAUGACAAUAUCAACUUUCACAAGGUAAUUGCUUUUGCAAUAGCUGUUGGCAUCGGUUUGCACGCUGGAAAUCAUAUGAUUUGCGAUUUUCCUCGGUUGGUAAACUCUUCACCAGAAAAGUUUGCUCUUAUAGCAUCAGAUUUCCAUAACAAGAAGCCGACAUACAAGGAACUAAUUGUCGGUGUGGAAGGCAUGACUGGAAUUUCAAUGCUGAUAUUAAUGGCCUUUGCGUUCACCUUAGCUUCGCGAUAUUUCAGAAAAAAUGUUUUGAAGCUGCCAUCACCUUUCAACCGGUUAACUGGAUUCAAUGCAUUCUGGUUUUCACAUCAUCUUUUUGGUUUGGUGUACAUACUGCUUUUGGUUCAUGGAUCAUUCUUGUUUUUGGUUCAUAACUGGACUCAAAAAACCACGUGGAUGUACAUCUCGGUUCCAAUUUUAAUAUACGCAGCUGAGAGAAGUCUACGAACAGGACGUUCAGAACACUACUCCCCUAAAAUCAUGAAGGUUUCCAUCCUACCAGGAGAUGUAUUCAGCAUAAUUAUGUCAAAACCGAGUGGAUUUAGAUACCGGAGUGGACAGUACAUAUUUCUGCAAUGCCCUUCAAUCUCUCCAUUUGAAUGGCAUCCGUUUUCAUUGACUUCAUCACCAGGAGACGAUUACUUGAGCGUUCACAUCCGGACAGUUGGAGACUGGACCCAAGAGUUGAAGCAAGUAUUAACCAAUGAUACUGGUUCUUCAUGUACGAUUGGUCGAGCCAAAUUUAGGAAGCUAGGGGAAGUGGAUUCAAAAGGUUUACCAAAGCUACUGUUGGACGGACCUUACGGUGCACCAGCGCAAGAUUACAGGAACUAUGACGUGUUACUUCUUGUUGGGCUAGGAAUUGGAGCUACUCCUUUUAUAAGUAUUCUUAGAGAUUUACUAAACAAUAAUCGGGCAGUAGAAGACCAAACAGAUUCAAACACAGAAACGAGUAUGUCAGGGGAUAGUCUUACGAGUAUAGCAUCUUCAAGUAUCGCAUCGUCAAAUGAAAAGAAGAAACCAAGAAGGACUAAAAGUGCAAAUUUCUAUUGGGUCACUAGGGAGCCCGGCUCGUUUGAAUGGUUUAAAGGAGUCAUGAAUGAAGUUGCGGAAAUUGAUCACAAAGGUCAAAUCGAGAUGCACAAUUAUCUUACAAGUGUUUAUGAGGAAGGUGAUGCAAGAUCAACUUUGAUCACUAUGGUUCAAGCACUUACUCAUGCCAAACAUGGAGUUGACAUCCUAUCUGGCACUAGAGUAAGGACACAUUUUGCUAGGCCGAAUUGGAGAGAGGUGUUUGGGAAGGUAGCAUCGAAACAUCCGAAUACAACCAUAGGAGUGUUCUAUUGUGGGAUGCCAGUGUUGGCUAAGGAGCUAAGGAAACUAUCAUAUGAGAUGAGCCAGAAGACAUCGACACGAUUUGAGUUCCACAAGGAGUACUUCUGAACUAAAACAGUCCGUAUAAUGUUAUACAUACUUAUAUAUUUUUUUUUAUACAUUUGAAUUUAAAAGAAUGUAAAUUUGUACACCACGCAGCAGCUAGUGUAGGUAAACCUGUAUAAUUAGAGCAAUACAAUUAUAAGAAAGUGAGAAACCGAUAAUAUACUCCUUCCAUUUAGUUA